GUUCAGUUGUUAAGGCCAUUGAAAACAACCCAACCACCCAACCGCCACAUAAAAUGACUAAACGGAUAAUCCCAAGUCGACGACUCCUCUCCACCUUCUCCUAUUAUCUACAACCAUCCCAACCACACGCACUCAGCUCCCAAUAUCGACCAUUAUCCACCAUCACCCUCGUUCCCCUCACCAAACCUCGGACCACCUCACCAUCAUGCCCCUCACCCUCACCCUCACCCUCCCACCAGCCCCAUACAAUCUCGAAAAGGACCUAUAAAACAGUGCAAGAACAACAGUCACGCUACAAAUCGGGGCCCUUCUCCUGGGGCGCGGGACUCCUCUUCUUGGGCGCGGGGGCGGCGCUGAUUUUCUUCUUUCGCUUUGAGAAGGAUAGGGUGGAGCGGGAACGGGUUGCGAAUGCGACGAAGGGUGUGGGGAGGCCGAAGGUGGGAGGGGAGUUUGAGUUGGUUGAUCAGAAGGGGAGGAAGUUUGGGAGUGAGGAUAUGAGGGGGAGGUAUAGUUUGGUAGGUUGAUUCUUUGAUUUCAUUUUGGUUCUUUCUGUUCUUUUGGGGGCAGGGGGGAUGGAAAGAGGCGGGUGGAUGGGGAUGUUGGAGAAGUUAGAUGGAGGAGUGGUUAUGCGACAGCUUCUGCGUGGGCAUUUCAGCUAUUUUGCUCAAAGGCGCCAGCUCCAGUGCGAGCAUUUCUUUUGCUCGGCAGUUGAAGAGGUUGCAAUAUGAUACACCUAGAAGACCCAAUUGAUGGUGCUACGAGAACAACCCUUAUGCUAACUCACCUCCGCAGGUUUACUUCGGCUUCUCCCACUGCCCCGAUAUCUGCCCCGAAGAACUUGACAAAAUGUCCCAAAUGAUCGACCUCGUCACCUCCUCGCCACGCUCCCAAAAGAACACCCUCCCCCCUCUCCUCCCCAUCUUCAUAACCUGCGACCCAGCCCGCGACACUCCCGCCGUCCUGGACGCCUACCUCUCCGAGUUCCACCCCUCGCUCGUAGGUCUGACCGGAACCUGGGAACAGAUCAAGGAUGUGUGUAAGAAGUAUCGGGUGUACUUUAGUACCCCACCUGAUGUGAAGAAGGGCCAGGAUUACCUCGUGGACCAUAGUAUUUAUUUUUACCUCAUGGAUCCUGAGGGGGAUUUUGUGGAGGCUAUUGGGAGGCAGCAUAGUCCUGAGCAGGCGGCGAGGAUUAUUUUGGAUCAUGUUGGGGAUUGGAAGGUGGGGGCUUAGGAAGGGGUUGCUGUUGUGGAGUAAUGAAUCGGGUUGAGCGCCGGGGUGCGAUGGGAUGGAAUGGAAUGGGAUUAGAUGUACAAAUCUGUAUAAUAUAGAUAGAUAGAUGAGAGUUUCGUGCUGGGACUGGCUCACUGCUCUGA